AUGGCCAUUCUCGCAUUCCUCUUGAAUUGGGUGGAUUAUAUUCUCUUUCUAAUCAUGUAUUAUUGGAAUGGAAAGAAGUAUUUGGUUCAUGAUUUGAGAGGAGAUAUGGAUCCGAGUUUAUUGGCUUCUCCUUAUUUUCCGAGCAAGGAUUCCAUCAAGAUUAAAAAUCCAAAGGAAUACUUUGAUCUUGAAAAUAAGAGUCCUAUUUAUCGUCACCUUAUGAGUCACACUCAUGAUGGAUCACUCGUCGAGAAGGAGAGUGUUUUAGAUGAAUUACUUCCUGCUUCCAUACGAGAUAAAUUAUUUAAUCAAGUCGAUGAACAACGUUUGAAAGUUAAGAAUUUGUUGCAACAACACGCCAAACAGGAAAACAUUCAAAAUUUGCAACAUGCCACUUCAUGGAAAAACCUCGAAUAUCCUGAUUUGAAAAUGUCCAAAGAAGUUGAACAACGAGUCGUUCCAGAAACUCUCUUCCAAUACUUUAAACAUUGUAUGCAGCAUUAUGCAGAUAAGCCAUGCAUUGGUCAAAGAGUUCUACGUAAAAUGCAUACAAAGGAAGUGAAUGCAGAAAAUGGAAAGAAGAAAGUUUGGUACACUCCAGAAUUUGAGAAUGAAGCAACCAUGUAUACGUAUCGGCAAUUUGAAGAAAGGGUUGAUGCUUUGGCAAGAGCCAUGCAGAAAUGUUUCAAUUUGGAAAGUAGUGGAGGAGAUUUGGACUUUUUCACUUUCGACGACAGUCAUGAGAGUGACCAAACUCGAAACAGUCGAUUUGCAAUUUAUGAUGACACUUCUUAUGAAUGGUUUGUUACAGCAUUGGCUCUCUUCCAGCAAAAUGUAUCGAUUGUGACUGUCUAUGCAAGUUUAGGAAUUGACAGCUUGAUUCAAGCACUGAAUGAGUCCAAAGUCUCUGGAGUCAUGAUUAAUUUCAGUUCUCUCAAAGAGGUUGUUCCAAAAAUUGCUUCUCAAUGUCCUCGUGUGAAAUACAUUUUAUACAAUUUGAGAAUGUGUGAAAAUAGCACAGAUGCAGUUGAAAAGCGUGAAAAAUUAUUGAACGAACUCACUCAAAAAUAUGGACAACAUUUGGUCUUGACCAAUAUUGAAGAAAUGAUUGAAAUGGGACUCCAAGAUAAGCGAAAUCAACAAUCUGUGACAGAAUUUAAGAUCAAAGGCAAACCUCACACAAGCAAGGACGUGUGUAUUUUAAUGUACACUUCUGGAUCGACUUCAGCACCCAAAGGAGUUCUCAUUACUCAUCACAAUUUGCUCUCAGCCAUUGCUUCCUUUAAUGUUUGCCUGGGAAUCGAACGAACUUUGGAAUAUAUUCAUGUGGCCUAUCUUCCACUGGCACACAUUUUAGAAAUUCUUGUACAUAGCAUCAUUUUCCUUCGAGGAGGAAUGAUUGGUUAUGGAAAUGCAAGAACACUCUCCGAAGGAACCUGUUUACCGUGUGGUGACAUGAAAUUCUGGAGACCUUCCGUACUCGUUGGUGUUCCAAAAGUAUUCGAUACCAUCAAGAAAGGAGCUCAAUUACAACUUCAUUCGAUUGCUGAAAAGCGAGGACCAUUCCUUGGAUGGCUUGUGAAUACACUCUUUCAAAUUGCCUAUCAAUGUAAAAAGAAUGCCAUUUCACACAAUAGAGAUACACCUUUUUGGAAUUGGUUAGUAUUCAAAAAGUUUACGGAUGGUGUUGGAGGACGAUUGAAACUCAUGCUUUCCGGAGGUUCUGCACUCAUUCCAGAAACUCAAGAAUUUUUAAGAAUUGGAUUUAAUUGUGUCUUUAUGCAAGGUUAUGGACUCACAGAGACAUGUGCCGGUUCCACUGUGUCCAAUGCCUAUUUCCCAUUCGCAACUGCUCAUUGUGGUCCACCUGUACCUUGUGUGGAAAUUCGACUUGUGGAUGUUCCAGAAAUGGGUUACACACACAGAGAUCAACCCAAUCCAAGAGGUGAAUUAUGGGUUCGUGGUGAAAAUGUGACAUUAGGUUAUUACAAGCAGAAGGAAUUAACAUUGGAAGCUUAUGGAAAAUUACCAGGAGAGGAGGGCGAUGCAUUCUUUAAGACUGGAGAUAUUGUGGAAAUAUUACCAAAUGGUUAUAUUCGAGUGGUGGAUCGAGUGAAAAAUUUAACGAAACUCCAGCAUGGAGAGUAUAUUGCAUUGAACAAAUUGGAAAGUAUAUUUGCAGACACACCAUUUAUUCAACCUAAUGGAAUUUUGGUGUAUGGUGAUUCCUUUAGGGACUAUGCAGUUGCUUUAGCGUUACCGCAAAUGAAAUAUUUGGAAUCGGUGGCACGUGAAAAAGGCAUUGAAUUUACUUCGAGUAAGGACCUUUUGCGAAAUCCUCAAAUGCUAAAGCUGAUACUCAAGUCAUUGGACGAAUUGGCUGAUCAGGCCAAGUUGGCAAGCUUUGAAAGAGUGAAAAAGAUUUACCUCUGCGAAGAAGACUGGACAGUAGAAAAUGGCAUGUUGACAGCAACACAAAAGUUGAAACGACAUGCCAUCGUUGAGAAAUAUAAAAGACAAAUCGAGGAAAUGUAUCAGGAAUAA